AUGUUUUUAUUGGAUUGGUUUUAUGGAGUGUUAGCAUCGUUGGGAUUGCAUCAAAAGGAGGCCAAGAUUUUGUUUUUGGGUCUCGAUAAUUCCGGCAAAACUACGUUGCUUUACAUGUUGAAAGAUGAGAGGCUGAUGCAGCACCAACCAACUCAACAUCCAACUUCAGAGGAGCUGAGCAUUGGGAAGAUAAAAUUCAAAGCUUUCGACUUGGGCGGCCAUCGGAUUGCUCGAAGAGUCUGGAAGGAUUACUAUGCAAAGGUUGACGCUGUGGUCUACCUAGUCGAUGCCAAUGAUAGGGAGCGGUUCGCUGAGUCGAAGAGGGAGCUCGACGCCCUUUUAUCAGACGAGACGCUGGCAAAAGCCCCCUUCCUUGUCCUGGGGAACAAGAUUGACCUAGCGUAUGCUGCCUCAGAGGAUGAGCUGCGCUAUCGCAUAGGCCUCUACACCACUGGUAAAGGUAGGGUUAGCUUUGAUGACAGCAACAUUCGACCGCUUGAGGUUUUUAUGUGCAGCGUUGUGCGUAGAAUGGGAUAUGGCGACGGUUUUAGAUGGCUGUCUCAGUACAUCAAGUGAGUGUGAGUGUGAGUGUGAGUGUGAGUAUGAGUACUGGUUGUUUGUUCUCUUAUUAACAAUAUAGUUUUGGAAUAGAUGUGGUUUUUACAUUUUCUA